AUGAGCGCAACCAGCCUGGCUGGCGCCCCUCUCUCUCGCGCCCUGAUCCUCACGUCGGCCGUCGCGUCAGUCGCGGCAGCCAUCACCAACUCGCAGCACUGGUUCCACCUCGCGCUGUCGCCCCACCUCUCGCGCGACCACCAGCUGUACCGCCUCGUCGCGCACCCGCUCGUGUACGCCAGCUCGGCAGAACUCUUCCUCGGCACCCUCGUCCUGUGGCAGACCAGCAUCGCCGUCGAGCGCAUCCUCGGCACGAGGAAAUACGCUUCCUUCCUCGCCGUCACGACCUUCCUCUCAAUCAUGGGCACCUUUGCCGCUCUCGUCGCCGCCUCGGUCGUCACGCGCGGGCGGUUCAACGUGCUCCCGUCCGGCCCGUUCGCCGUCACGUUCGCCAUCCUGCACCAGUCGCACCGCCUAACGCCGACGCUGUACACCUUCCGCCUCUUGCACCCGUCGCUCGUCCUCCCGACCCGUUUCCCCGCCUACCUCCUCUCGCUCCUCCUCGCGCUCUCGCAGCCGCCCUCGACCCUCGUCCUCGCCCUCAUCGGCCUGUGCGCCUCGUCCGCCUGGUCCCACAACGCCCUCGGCCUCGCGCACUACCGCAUCCCGCGCCGCGUGUACCGCGCCCUGUCGCGCCUCUCGCCCGCCGACGGCGCGAGGGCUAGGAUCGCGAGGGGCACAGAGGUCGAGCACGACGAGGCCAUGCUGAGGACGCUUGCGGGCGGCGGCGGGGGCGGCGGCGUGACGGGCUUUGCGAGCGCGGCGGGAGGUGGGGUCGAUGUUGGGGGCUUGCGCGGGAGGAGGCCCGGUGCGGUGACCCAGGCGGUUGCGCCGGCGACUGCGGCGCCUGCUGUUACUUCCGUGGCACCGCCGGCGAGCGCCGCAGAGCCGAGCGACGAUGCCGUCGCCGCCGCCGCCGCCAACGCCGCCGCGCCCGCUCCACCACCCUCAGCGCGCCCCCUGCCGUCCAUCUCGGGCACGAGCUUCCUCCGUCAGUGGCAGGCAGGCCUCACCGGCGCGCCCGACGGCCCGACCCCUGCUCAGAUCGCCGAGCUGAGCAGCAUCUUCCCUCACCACUCGCGCCAAGCCAUCGUCGCCGCCCUCCAAUCGAGCGGGCAGAGCGUCUCGCGCGCGGCCGAGUUGCUCGUGAGCGAGGGAGGAUAGAUGCGGUGGCUGGGUGCGUGCGUGCGUGCAACGAGGGCUCGGGGUCGCGUUGUG